AAUAGUUGGAUUUGGGGGCAUUCCCGCCACAUGUGGAGGUAUGUGCCUGUGGAGGCGCAUCCUCUUGUAUCAGGUUUGGGGCACAUAGAUACAUGGCUGUCAAUGCCCUUCUGGGAAGCUUAAAGUGUACACCCAAUGCCAGGGCUGUGGAUGAUGCUUUGCACAGAUGUCCCACUGAUUUAAAUCUACUACAGCUUGCUGUGACUCCAUACCCUCCAACAUUUUUCCAGUUAAAAUGUGGACAUCUUCUUCCAUACCCUCCAACAUUUCUCUGAUGCAAAUAGGAGUGUCCUAAGGAAAAGCAGGACAUUCCAGGAUCAAAUCAGAAACCGAGAUUGCUUCUGUUAAUAUGGGACUGUCCCUGAAAAAUAGGGACACUUGGAGGGUCUGUGACCCUCAGCCAUUUAGAAUCAAGCUGUCUCCUAUUAGUAUAGCCAGCCACACUGCUUGGUCACACAAGAGUGUGACAGAGUUCCAUUAUUUGACCACAUAAGGGUAUGAUGGAAUGUUGGGCACUUUCAUUUAUAUAGAUGCUUUAUACUGUAUAACACUUACAGCCAAGUAUUGUACAGUUAGCUGGGGUUGGUGGGAGGGCAACAAUAAUACCGAAAAACAAGUUUCUUUCCAGGAGAUGUAAAAUAUAAAACACUGAGGCAGGAACUACAGGAAGCGAAUUAAAGGAGCCCCUAAAUGGCAGCUGUUUAGUGUUCCUUGGCGCACUGAUGCAAUUUUCCAGGAUGCGAGAUAUUAAAAUACUCAAGAGCCUGUUUUUUCGUGCCAGAAAAAGAAGGUCUUAAAUGCAACUUCAUGACCUUUAAAAUACUACUAAUAAUAAAGCUCUUCCAGUAGAUAUCAACCUCCUGCUAAGUGCUCUCUGUCUUUGAAGUCGUGCUAAUUCAAGGCCAUUAAAAUAGAUUCUGUUAAAGGCGCUGUUCCGUCAAACACACCAAACAUAUAACAAGAGAGAGAGAGAGAGAGAGAGAGAGAGAGAGAGAGAUUUAAUUAGUGCUGCUCUAUAUCUUCAAAUGUGAAUGUUUUCUUGAGUAAUAAUAGGCUAAGUUUGCCUUCAAAAACCAUUUUAAUAGUGCUAAUACUAGUAAAUAUUGCUCAUUUUGGUCCUGAUGCACCAUUUUAAUAGUUCCCACGGUUUCUAAAAGUCAUUUCUUAUUGUUUUACUGUAGGAAGAAUCUUACUUUAAUUAUGUCAUUAUUGUUUGCAAGUCAUAGAAUCUUAAUUAAUGCCAGUUGGCUUCAAGGCACACACAGAAUGCACACUUGACGCUUCUGAUUGUCUCUCGCUCUUCCUCUCGUAGUGAGUCUUUCUUCCCUUCUCUGCCCACAAAGUGUCAGCCUUGUAUUUUUGGUCCAAUAUUAAUUGCUAUGACAUUUUCUUAUAGCAAGGUGAACUAAUGGGGUGCCCUCUGCCAUCAGUUGGACUGCAAAUCCCAUAAGUCCCAACUCUUGGCCAUGCUGGCUGGGGAUGAUGGUGGUUGGAGCCCAACAUUCUCCAGAGGGUCACAGAUUCCCCAUCGCUGCUUUAAAUAAAAGCUUCUUAAGAAUUCUUAGAAAACAUCUGAAAUCUGAUUUUGCUUGUCACAACCACUGUGAUUAUAUUUUUGCCUAUUUUCCAUUACCUCAUGGGCUACCCCUGUGUUAUAGCAUCACUUAAAACAUAUAUCCAUGUGGCACUUCCAAUAUGUUUACUAGGAUUCUUACCUGAACGAAUUCCUUCGCUGGAGGUCUUUAAGCAGAGGUUGGAUGGUCAUCUGUUGUGGAUGCUUUAGUGGAGAUUCCUGCAUUGCAGAGGUUGUACUAGAUGACCCAUCCAACUCUACAAUUCUAUGAAUCUUUUUAUAUUAUCUAUCUUCCCAGUACUACCCAGAAACACCAUCACUCACUGGAUUAUCACCUUGUCGUGGUGAGUGGGCUUGCACAUUCCUAUGACCCUUGUGAGUGAAGCUGUCUGGAAUCUCUUACUCCCAGCAGGGUCACCCAAGGCGGUAACGUCAAAGGGAAGGAGCUAGACAAAGAAUAAUCCAAGAAGUCCUCAACGGCAGAACAGGUGGAUGAUAAUAAGCGGUAUGUUAUAACAGCUGUAAAGGCAGAUGAAGGCUGCAGCAGACAAGAAUCUAUCAGUCGUUGUGACUAUGCAUGCCAUUGGAACAGAGCCUUACAGUGAAGACUGUGCAUUGGUCAGCGUGCACUGAUCUACACACAUUAAACAAAUUCACGCACAGGUGUCUUCCAAAAACCCAUCCCAAACCCAAACUCCAAAAGUCCCGUGGCAAUUGGCAAAUGGUAACAGGGGCAGGAUUGUGAAAUCUGGAAGCCCCUAGUCAUGAACCAGCACACGGGCGGUGGAUACAGAUUCAGUCGUUCUGACUCAAGGAACGAGACAGUUGAGCAGCUCAGCAGCUGUAUCCAUGACUGAGCAGCCCUUUGUAGGAUCCACUCUGCUUACCUUGAAAAUGGAGGGGCUAGAAAAGGUGCCCUUAACAUAGUCUUCCUCCCUUUUUCCCUGACUGGAUUACAGCGCCCAGUGGGGUCACCACCCAGCAGUUGUAAAAGACAACUGAUCUUUGGAACACAGAAAACCCAGAAACACCAGAGAUGAAAAUCUUCUUCAUGCAAAGCAGAUUUUGUACCAUUGAGCUGUAGCUCUUCCCUGAUGGGGCACUCCUCAAUGCUGAUUUUUAUCAAUGGUCCUUUGAGCUCAGUAUUGUCUUCACUGAAUGGCAGUCUCUCUCCAAUGUUCCUUGCCGGCAUCUCUCUCACCCAGACCUGGAUAUGCUAGGGAUUGCAACCUGUGACCUCCACACAAAGGGAUGCUCUGUCAACUGAGUUACAGCCCUUCUGAUCCAGACUAGUCUUUCUAGGAUAUCUGCCCUUCAAGAAGCAUAUGCCUCCUGGUGGUUGGAUGUUGGUCAUAGAUCUCAUUCUCCCACUUUCCUUCUCUCUUUUUCUGUUCCAUCCAUCCAUCCAUCCAUCCAUCCAUCCAUCAAUACAUCAAACGGCAAAUGCAGGGUCUCCUUGACGACCCUCCUACCCCCCAUCUCUUUUCAUUGACCUUAUGACCCACAAUGUCCCUAUUUGCUUCAAGUACUUUUAUUUAUGUCAUUCCUUAGGCCCAUACAUUUUGAUUAAAGCCCAUAUUCUCUGCUUACGGAGCCUAUGGAAAAGUGCUCUACAGCAACUGCCAUUGCUGGGUAGGCAGUCACCCAAUAUAUGAGAUUGAGACAAGGUAUAAUGUAAUGGUAGUUAUGUGAAUCUCCAAUAAACUAGUGGUACUUCACCGAUUACUUGGAGAGAAAGUCUUUUAGCGUGCUUGAAGAAGUAUGAAAUGAAUUUCAUUUCCUUCUCAUUUGCCUUCCUUUUGAAAGGUUUCAUGCGAGAUAUGUGACCAACUAUUACAGCGGUAAUCCAUCCAUGACAAAGCUCAAUUUUCCCUGAGAAUUUACUUCUGAAUGGGCUGCCGAAAAACCUGAAAGCUCAGAAUUAAAGUACACUGAACAGAGCAGGCAGUGAGCUGUAGACAACUGUCUGUCAAGAAAACCAGUUGGAACAAAAAUGUAAAUAGGCUUUUUUGGGGGGUUUAUUUUAGUGGGUUCUUAGAAGAAACUGAUGCCAGUGAAAGUUUCAAGGUUUGCUGCCUGGAAUCAGGAAUAGGAGUGCUGAAAAUUGGCUUGGGGAAUGUUGCAUGCUUUUGGGGUGUUUUUAUUGGCAAGGGUAAUCAUGGUGGGGCACUGUGAUUAAUUUAUUUAUACCCCGAAAAGUCCAAUGUAUUUGCACUACACAGUCUGACUUGCAAUAAACACAAAACAAUUCCAUGUGAGAAAUGCAAUAGUAGCUUUUGGGGGGGGGGGUGUGGAACACACAUACAUUAACAUAAGACUACUUGAAGAGCCUGCUGGAUCAGGGUAAUGGCCUAUCUGGUCCAGCAUCUCGUUCACACAUUGGCAUACCAAAUGCCUGUGGGAAAUAAGAAAGGAGGAUUCAAGCAGUAGAGCACUUGCCUCUCCUUUGGUUUCCAGCAACUAGUAUUCAGAAGCAUUGCUGCCUCAUACUAUGGAGGCAGAGCAGAACCAUUAUGGCUAAUAGCCAUUGAGAGUCCUCUUUUCCGUAGCGUAACUGUGCUGCUUGAAGAAAUACUUCAUCUUAUCUCACAUAAGGGUCUGGUAUUAUAUUUGUUGUUGUUUAGCCGAUUAGUCAUGUCCGACUCUUUGUGACCCCAUGGACCAGAGCACACCAGGCACUCCUGUCUUCCACUGCCUCCCGCAGUUUGGUCAAACUCAUGCUGGUAGCUUCAAGAACACUGUCCAACCAUCUCGUCCUCUGUCGUCCCCUUGUCCUUGGGCACUCAAUCUUACCCAACAUCAGGGUCUUUCCAGGGAGUCUUCUCUUCUCAUGAGGUGGCCAAAGUAUUGGAGCCUCAGCUUCAGGAUCUGUCCUUCUAGUGAGCACUUAGGGCUGAUUUCCUUCAGAAUGGAUAGGUUUGAUCUUCUUGCAGUCCAUGGGACUCUCAAUAGUCUCCUCCAGCACCAUAAUUCAAAAGCAUCAAUUCUCUGGCGAUCAACCUUCUUUGUGGUCCAGCUCUCACUUCCAUACAUCAGUACUGGGAAAACCGUAACUUUAACUAUACGGAUCCUUUUCAGCAAGGAAAUGUCUCUGCUUUUUAAGAUGCUGUCUAUGUUUGUCAUUGCUUUUCUCCCAAGAAGCAGGAGUCUUUUAAUUUCAUGGCUGCUGUCACCACCUGCCAUGAUCAUGGAGCCCAAUAAGGUAAAAUCUGUCACUGCUUCCAUUUCUUCCCCUUCUGUUUGCCAGGAGGUGAUGGGACCAGUGGCCAUGAUUUUAGUUUUUUUUGAUGUUGAGUUUCUGACCAUAUUUUGCACUCUCCUCUUUCACCUUCAUUAAAAGGUUCUUUAAUUCCUCCUCACUUUCUGCCAUCAAGGUUGUGUCAUAUUCAUAUCUGAGGUUGUUGGUAUUUUUUCCGGCAAUCUUAAUACCGUCUUGGGAUUCAUCCAGUCCAGCCUUUCGCAUGAUGUACUCUGCAUAUACGUUGAAUAAGCAGGGAAAUAAUAUACAGCCUUGUCCUACUCCUUCCCCAAUUUUGAACCAAUCAGUUGUUCCAUACCCAGUUCUAACUGUUGCUUCUUGCCUCGUGUAGAGAUUUCUCAGAAGACAGUUAAGGUGGUCUGGCACUCCCAUUUCUUUAAGAACCCCCCAUAGUUUGCUGUGGUCCAUGAAGCAGAAGUAAAUGUUUUUCUGGAACUCUCUGGCUUUCUCUAUAAUCCAUAAUCUGGCAUUAGAUACCAGGGUCCAAAUCCCCACCCAGCUAAUAAGGUCAUGGGGAGUCCUCUUACCAUGGCAUAAUGUUUCAUGCAACCCAAUCUCCAAGUGGUGAGAGACUUCAAGGAUGCCUGUCUGGAUUUUGGUUUCCUUUGAAUGCAGGUCAAUGCAGACUUUAGGAUAAAUGGUUUUAUUUGUGCAUGUAUACAACUUGAGCAUACAAUAGAGGGGACUCACAGGAUUAAUGCUCCACUGACCUUCCUAAGAAGGCAUUGCUGUCUCACCAGUCAUCCUCAGUUGUAUCGUCAUGGAACCAAAUCUGAUUGACGCCAUGAUGGUGUCACAGGAAGAUGGAUUUAAAAAAUAAAAUAAAAUAAUGAUGCUGACACUGUAUCUGCGAAUUUGAGAUAGAAGUGUCUGGGUCAAUUCAAUGAGUAUCAGAGUUUGGUGAGAAGAAGAAGUCACAAUAUUGAGAAAAGCACUCUUUAUUUUGACUCAGCCCAUGUGUGUGUGUGUCUGUGCAUAUGUGCACACGUAUGUAUACAUGCAUAUGCAGAAGUAGAUGGUCACCAUAUUAUAUUGAAAAUAAUAUUUUUACUGCAGCAGAAUCUCAUAUAUAAAACUUCUGCUGUAAUGGAAAUAUUUUCAUUUUUACGUAUGAUGCCAGAAUCUUGGAAGGUCUUCUGCCUGUUCUCCCUACAGACAAUUAAUAUCAAUGGAAAUAAAGAGCUGCUACAUUAUAUGACAAAGCACAAUGGUAUUAAAAACAAAACACAAUGAUGUCUGACUCUCAACAUAUCCCUAGACUCAAGUAAACUAAGUAAGCCAUUUGCUCUAAUUGAAGAGGAAUUAUGCCCUGUUGUUUUCUCUUCCCUCCCAAUAAGCUUCAAAUAUGAAGAGUGAUUCAUAGUUGGGCUAUGUAAAAAACCUAGAGGCUGGAAGGGAUGUUGAUGGGCUAUUUGUAGGGAAUGAGGGAAGAGAUCCGACGCAAUUCACACUGAAAGGCGAACCUGCCUAAUUCACAUUUUCCAAGACAAUUCAUCAACUGAAACACAGCCAUCUAUUGUAAUGUGUGCUUCUCUGAAUUUUGCAGUUUUCCAGUAAAGUAAUGUGUACAAAAAUGUAUACACCAAGACAAAGUGCGCAUAAAUUAGUGACGGUAACAGUGUUUCUCAAACAUGGGUCCACUACAACUCCCAUUAUCUCAAACUUGGGUCCACUACAACUCCCAUUAUCUCUAGCUAGCAGCACCAGUGGUCAGAGAUGAUGGGAGUUGUAGUCCAAUAGCAGCUGGAGAUCCAUGUUUGAGGACCAUUGGGAGACAGCAGAGUGGUGGAAUAGAAGUCCCAAAUUCAAUCCCAUCUAUCCCCACGUAGGGCUGGAAAAGUAAUCUAACAACCGAGUGAACUACUGCCAGUCAGGACAGGCAAUGCUGGCUAAAUAAUAAUAAUAAUAAUAAUAAUAAUAAUAAUAAUAAUAAUAAUUUAUUUAUAUCCCACCCUCCACAGCCGAAGCCGCAUUCAGAGCAGCUAACAACAGUAAAAGUAACACACUUUACAUAAAAUCACAAUCAAUUAAUUGAAAUACAUUCUAAAAUCAAUUAAUUCUAAAAUCAAUUCAGAAUCAAAUUAAUGGCAACCAUUGGGCUAGAGUUCUAUGAGGAUUACCAAAGGAGAGGGUCAGACUGUGCCUUGGCCAAAGGCCUGGUGGAACAGCUCUGUCUUGCAGGCCCU